CAUAAGUUUAUGAAAUAUUUUAAACUGUGCAGAAUUCAGAAAAUAUCUACCUGCAUAUUAUUAAUUUAAAAUUUAAAAUUAUUCGUGUUCAGGACAUUUAAAAGUUAUUACAAAUCAAGUUUAUUCAAAUAUAUGAAGCGCGGCUUUAGUACUUUCCAUGCCUUACUACAUAACCCAAGGGAAAUGAUGUUAGGCACUAAACUAAUAAACGAUUUUAAAGACUUUAAAUUUAAAAGUCCUCCAAGCUACGCUGAACUCCCAAUUAAUGAGAAUCCUGAGUAUAAUGUACCAGUGGCGGUAAAUCAUGCAAUUUUCUCAAAGGUACCUACAGAACCAUUGACAGGCAAGCUACAUUUAGUGUGUGUGUCUGAAGACGCACUAAUAGAUGUGCUGGAUUUGGAUCCUAAAGUGUCUGAAAGUGAGGAGUUCAUACAUUUUGUGAGCGGCAAAUAUCUGCCAGAAGGUGGACUUAGCGUAUCUCAUAGGUAUGGCGGAUAUCAAUUUGGUUAUUGGGCAGAUCAACUUGGUGAUGGUAGAGCACAUAUUUUGGGAGAAUAUGUGAACAGAAAGGGUGAAACCUGGCAACCCCAGCUCAAAGGUUCCGGUGAGACUCCAUACUCUCGCUUCGGCGAUGGACGAGCGGUAUUACGCUCGUCGAUUCGCGAAAUGAUCGCGAGCGAAGCGUGCUACUACCUGGGGAUACCGACCACGAGGGCUGGAGCGCUGGUAGUGAGCGACGACCACAAAGUGUGGCGCGACAAAACGUACAGUGGUAUGGCUAGACAGGAACGAGCUGCGAUAGUCGUGCGACUGUCGCCCGCGUGGUACAGGAUUGGCUCCUUCGAGAUACUGUAUAAGAGACGCGAGCCUGAAUUGGCGGCAAAAUUGGCUGAUUUUAUUAUUAAGCAUCAUUUCCCGGAAAUAAGCCUUGAUGAUGAGGAUAGAUAUGUCAAAUUAUAUUCAGAAGUUGCUCAUCGGAAUUUGGAUAUGGUAGCGACAUGGCAAGGUAUAGGAUUUACGCACGGUGUAUUAAAUACAGAUAACAUAAGCCUCCUUGGCUUGACCAUAGACUACGGACCGUAUGGUUUCAUAGACCAUUAUUAUGAUCAUUAUGUGCCAAAUUCUUCUGAUGAUAUGGGACGAUAUGCUUAUAAGAUGCAGCCUGAGAUUUUGCUAUGGAAUUUGGAUAAGUUCGCCGAAGCGUUGGUGCUUAUAUUAAAAGUGGAACAGAUAGCGAAAAUACGGGCAAUACAGGCGACGUUGGAUGAAUAUGUGGAAGAUAAAAUUAGAAAUACAUUCAACCUAAAACUCGGUCUUGAAAAUUACAAAGAUGGCGACGAAAAAUUAGUAAAAGAUUUGUUAAGUUUGAUGCAAAGCACUAUGGCGGAUUUUACAGCUACCUUCCGGCAAUUGGCUGAAAUAAAUUUAGAUCAGCUGUGUGAUGAAGAAAUAUUAAAAAAUCACUGGUCAUUGAUCAAAUUGUGUAAAGCAAAGGGAUGGGACGAGUGGGUGAAGAGGUAUAGAGAACGGAUUGACACUGAAAAUGUUACUGAUGAGAAACGUAAAGAGCGAAUGCUAAAAGUGAACCCCCUGUAUGUGCCGAGGAAUUGGAUACUACAAGAGGCCAUUGCUGACGCUGAGAAAAAUGAUUUUAAAAAGGUACGCCAUCUGUUGGAAGUGUUCAAGAAACCCUUUGAAGUGAACGAAGAAGCAGAGAAACUUGGUUAUUCCUCUCAACCGCCGAGCUGGUCUUAUGGAUUGAAAUUAAGUUGUUCUAGUUAACUUAUUAUUUCUUUAUAUUUAUGUUUGAGUUUAUAAAUACUUUAUUUGCUUAAUAUAAUAAUUACUUAUUCCUCUAUAAAGUUUAUUCAAUAGAAAUUAACUUUAAAAUUUUCUCAUUAUAUUGUUUCAUUUCAUAAUAGAUAAUUCAAUAGUUUUUUGUAUAGUCUGUAUUACGAUAGAAGAAUAAAAAAGUAAGAGAAGUCUUAAUAAUCUAUGCUCAGUAUAGAUUGAAGAUUCAAAAUAGGUAGUGGUUAUUUUUUUUAAUAUUCUUAAAUUUGCAGUUUGUUUAUUUCUUGGUGAAUUAUUUUUGUGUUUGUUGUAAUAGUAUAAGAUUGUCAUAAAAGAGAAAAAAGUGUAUUCUCAAAAUGUCGUUGUAGUUUUUUUUAGGUAUUAUUAAUUAAGUAGUAAGUAUUGAAUAUUGUUUGUUGUAAA